GCGGAGGAGGCAAGAUGGACGCGGGGUUCUUCCGCGGAACCAGCGCAGAGCAGGACAAUCGCUUCAGCAACAAGCAGAAGAAGCUGUUGAAGCAGUUGAAAUUUGCAGAAUGCUUAGAAAAGAAGGUGGACAUGAGCAAAGUAAACCUGGAAGUAAUCAAACCAUGGAUAACAAAACGAGUAACAGAAAUCCUUGGAUUUGAAGAUGAUGUAGUAAUUGAAUUUAUAUUCAACCAGUUGGAAGUGAAGAACCCAGAUUCCAAAAUGAUGCAAAUCAACCUGACUGGUUUUUUGAAUGGGAAAAAUGCUAGGGAGUUCAUGGGAGAACUGUGGCCACUGCUAUUAAGUGCACAAGAAAACAUUGCUGGUAUUCCAACUGCCUUUCUGGAACUGAAGAAAGAAGAAAUAAAGCAGCGACAGAUAGAGCAAGAGAAACUGGCUUCUAUGAAGAAACAAGAUGAGGACAAGGAGAAGAGAGAUAAAGAAGACAAAGACAACAGAGAAAAAAGGGACAGAUCCAGGAGUCCAAGAAGGCGCAAGUCAAGGUCUCCUUCCCCUCGCAGGAGGUCGUCUCCUGUGCGGAGGGAGCGGAAGCGCAGCCACUCGCGCUCCCCCCACCACAGAACCAAGAGCCGCAGCCCUACCCCUGUGCCGGUGAAGAAGGAGCUGACUCCUGAGCCAGAGCCCUCUGUGAAGCCAAAGGAGACUGUUGUUCAAGAGGCAACUUCAAACAGUGAUGUUCCAAAAGCUCCUAAACCUGAACCUCCUGUACCAGAGACUAAGGAAAAUUCACCAGAACGUAACUCAAAGAAGGAGAGGGAGAGGGAGAAGGAGAGGGAGAGGGAGAAGGAGAAGGAGAAGGAGAAGCCUCGGCAGAGGUCCCCAACUCGCUCCAAGUCCAGGUCAAGGUCCCGGUCACGUUCUCCGUCUCAUUCUCGACCGCGGCGGCGUCACAGAUCACGGUCAAGGUCUUACUCCCCUAGAAGGCGACCCAGCCCCCGGCGACGACCAUCUCCGCGGAGAAGGAGCCCUCCCAGGCGAAUGCCUCCUCCACCCAGACACAGAAGAAGCCGCUCACCAGUCAGGAGGAGAAGAAGAUCAUCAGCAUCCUUAUCUGGCAGUAGCUCUUCCUCCUCCUCCUCACGUUCCCGGUCACCACCAAAGAAGCCACCUAAAAGAACUGUGUCCAGCCCUGCCCGCAAGACUCGCAGGCUGUCUCCUUCCGCCAGCCCUCCCCGCCGCAGGCACAGACCAUCCCCACCAGCCAGCCCUCCUCCCAAACCACGCAGGUCUCCAACCCCCCAGCAGUCCAAUCGUGCAAGGAAAAGCCGUGGCUCAGCGUCACCCAGCAGAGCUUCAGGUACUGCCACACCCAAACACAAGAGUACUGAAAAAAGAGAAUCCCCUUCACCAGCACCAAAACCGAGGAAAGCAGAGCUGUCUGAGUCAGAAGAAGAUAAAGGAGGUAAAAUGGCUGCAGCAGAUUCAGUUCAACAGAGGCGUCAGUACAGAAGGCAAAACCAGCAGUCUUCAUCUGAUUCUGGCUCUUCAUCUUCAUCUGAAGAGGAAAGAAAUAAAAGAUCCAACGUGAAGAACGGGGAGGUGGGGAGGCACCGCCGCCACUCUCACUCCCGCAGCCCCUCGCCAUCGCCACGGAGACGCCAGAAGGAGGCCUCCCCUCGGAUGCAGAUGGAAAAGAGGUGGCAAUCACCAGUGAUGAAAAGCCGCAGGAGGAGGAGUCCCUCACCCCCACCAGCCAGGCGCCGCCGCUCCCCCUCGCCUGCUCCCCCUCCCCGCCGGCGGCGCUCACCCUCCUUACCCCGCAGAAGGUCUCCGUCCCCGCCCCCGCGCAGACGCUCCCCCUCCCCUCGGAGGUACUCUCCGCCCAUCCAGCGCCGCUACUCUCCCUCGCCGCCGCCCAAGAGAAGAACAGCCUCUCCUCCUCCCCCGCCCAAACGCAGGGCAUCUCCUUCUCCACAGUCCAAGCGCCGAGUCUCCCACUCGCCUCCUCCCAAGCAGAGGAGCUCCCCCACCAAGCGGCGCUCCCCUUCUCUAUCUUCCAAGCACCGGAAGGGGUCUCCUCCCAGCAGGUCCAACCGGGAAACUCGUUCCCCACCACAGAACAAAAGGCAUUCACCUUCACCACGGCCUAGAGCUUCUCAUACCUCUGCAAGCCCCCCACCACCACGGAGAGGAGCUUCAGCUUCACCCCAGAGGAGGCAGUCUCCAUCACCAAGCACCAGACCCAUCAGGAGGGUGUCAAGAACGCCGGAACCUAAGAAGACAAAGGCCUCCACGCCGAGCCCGCGCUCUGCCCGGCGAGUGUCUUCAUCACGCUCUGCUUCAGGAUCCCCUGAGCCAGCACCAAAAAAACAUCCAGGACCUCCAUCUCCUGCUCGCUCCCGGUCCCCUUCUGCAAACUGGUCACCUGCAAAAAAACCUAAAAGCCCAACUCAGAGCCCAUCACCUGCAAGGAAUUCAGAUCAAGAAGGGGGUGGAAAGAAGAAGAAGAAAAAGAAGGAUAAGAAGCAUAAAAAGGAUAAGAAGCACAAGAAACACAAAAAGCAUAAGAAGGAGAAGGCUGUGGCGGCCGCGGCAGCUGCUGCAGCUGCUGUUGUGGCUGCACCAGACACCACCUCAGCACAGGAGGACCAGGAGGCAGAGACAGAACCCAAAAAGGAGACAGAAAGUGAACCAGAAGACAACUUGGAUGACCUAGAAAAACACCUGCGAGAGAAGGCCCUGAGGUCCAUGAGGAAGGCUCAAGUGUCCCCCCCCUCCUAGGCAGAGACCCCUUUGAUAUAAUAAUGUACAUUUUGAUUGGAUUUUU